AUGUCAUCAAUAGACCAACGGCGAUCUCUUCAACCUCAACUACUCCCAAAUCGUCCAUGUUUCGUAGGAUGCUCUUUCGCUCUCGCUACUUCCUCGCCACCCCUCCUCUCAGAUCAUGUCAUCAAAGGUCGAUUGGUAUGGUACCGCGAACAAAUUGCGUCAACAUCAAAUUCCCUUGACUAUUUCAAGUCUGUCAACACACCUUAUCACUUCGACCGAUUUCACGAUAUCCGAAGAGAUGAUUCAGGUCAAGAGUACAAGGUCUCAUGCACUCGAGAACAAUUCACGAUGGCCUGGAUCGCAGGAAUCAAUGGUCACAGAUUUCAUGCUGAACUGUUAUUCUCGGCUAAGACCGCAGAGGAGCCAGAAGUGGUCUCGCGUUAUAGGCAACUAAAGACGGAUCUUGUCAAAGCCGCAAAACAGUGGUCGAUGUUGUAUGAACAAGUAGACUUGGCGAUGAAUUUACUAGAACAAUACGAAAACUCUCGAAUCGUCCCAUAUUAUUGGUCAUACCAAUGGCCGUACGAUAUUACAGACUUAGAAAUGGGGGAUCUGCUUAAUCCCGGCUGUGCGAAAGAGAAGCUUACAUCACUAUUCAUAUAUGCUGCGCAUCAUCUUCUCAAAAUAUCUCCUCAAGGUUAUCGUAAUGAUUUCCUAGAGUUUGCUGAUAUGUUGGGAUGUCCUUCCCCAGAUAUCUGCAGACUUCCAGGGUUAUCGUCAUACGAUGAUGUACAAGAGGAUCCUCCUGAAUUGUGGCUAGAUGGGGCUCGUUCCGUCGCAGAAAAAGCCCCCGAAGUACUUGCGAUAAGGAGACGACACGCCUUCAGAUAG